CAAAAAGUCCCCGCCUUCUCUGAGGUCCUGUGACUCUCUACACGGGGAUCACAGUGUGACACUCACUGGAUGCAGCCACCAUGGAAGGGGCCUAGGUCCGAAGGCUCAGGCACCUGGGAGAAUGUGAAGUGAGGCACUUCCCUUGAUUCACUUCUGUUAGAUGCUGGGUAUUGGGGAUUCUUCCUAGAGUUCAUGGAGAAACUCCUGCUAUUUUUCCACUUACUAUUUCCUGGAAAAGAGAACUCAUUUUUCCACUGACAGAAAAGACCUCCACUGGUAACGUAAGGAGCCAAGUUGUCCUGAAGAUCAUGAACUUGUCUUCUGAGCACUGCAACAUAUCGGAUUGGCUGAGGCUAGAAGCAACAGUGAAGGCCUCUGUGUAUGUGGUGGCCUUCUUCUUUGCCACAUUUGUCACCGUCGCCAUCAUCACGAUAGUGUUACAGAAUUUGAAGCUGAGGAAAGAGGUCCGAUACAUCCUCCUGUGCCACCAUCUGCUGUGCAUCUCCUCCUACUGUGGCCUCGGGGUGGUUUUCCAAGGGAUGCGGGCUCUGCUGGCCAACAGCCCUGUGCUGGUGUGCUGGGUGGUAUUUGGGGUCCAGCUAAGUGUUGGAGAAGGGAUCCUCUUCACUUUGGCCUUGAUGGCGGCUAACACUUACCUGGCUAUUUGCUGGCCUCUGAAAUCUCUGUCCUUUGUAGAUUCAGUUAAGUACAGGAUCCUGGCUGGGUCCUGGAUAGUCGUUAUAUUCAAGAAUAUUUGCUUAUUCCUCAUAGAAGGCACUAACCCCUCUCGAGUUGCUGUUUUUAAAUCUGAACCCCUUUGCCCUGUGAUCUUGAAUGGCCCUCCUGCCAGAGUCGUUGGCAUGGUUUUCCUUUUCUCUCUUCUGUCCAUCAUUCUUAUAAGUUACUCUCUGAUCUACCGAGAAGGGAAACGGGCUGGCCAUUUUAAUAGAUCAAAUAUCAAAGCAAAGAAAACAGUUCUUAUUCAUUUAGUGCAGAUGAGUUUACAUGUAAUACCAACCCUGAUAUUCAUAGGUUUGGGAAAGAUGUGUGGGGUGUUUUUCUUUGCUUUAAAUCUGGCACUUUUUGGAGUCUUUGCAUUUGCACAGUGUCUUAACCCUCUAAUCUAUGGGCUCUGGAAUAGAGAGCUGCAAAGCAGAUUAUACCACUGGAUGUGCUGCCAGCUGUGGUGUGGUCACAUGAUGAACAACAGAGAGUCAGUUUAACCUGCAACUCAGCCAUUUUGAAUCAAUAACACUAGCCCUAGUGGACCUUCAGCUAGGCUUGAGGACUUGCCUUUCACUCAAUCUAGAAUUGGUGCCUUUGAUUCUGAAAGCAAUAUGAGUAAGUCAGAGUUAUUCAUCUGGCUUGCAAACUUUGUUGCUGUGUACACUGAAUUGGCCUCACUGAAAUCGUUUUAUAUCUUUAAUCCUAAACCCAGAUCAACAUUUUUGGCAGCAUGCCCUACUGUGUUUCGGUAGUUAGGCAGCUUUUGAGAAUGCACUUGCUUUUAAAAACUGAGAAAUAGUCCACGGUUGAUAUGGAGAGAAGAAGUUUGGUUGUUCCUCUUAUGUUAAUUAGGCACAGGCUUGGCUACAUGUAGUAACAAAGCAGAAAAAAUGUAACUGAUUUUUUUUUAAGUUUG